UGGGCGGGGCUUGUUGCGUCUCGUCCAGCGGUUUUCUUUGCAGAUUUUAGUUUUUCCUCAGUAAAGUCUCACAAAACAGAAAUAAAAAUCUGAAUAAAGAGCAGAACAUUCCAGAAUAACCCGGGGGGCGGAGACACAGCUCGGGGCGCGCGCGAGGAGCAGGAGGAGGAGGCGGCGAGCAUGGAGCAGGCCGAGGACCAGAGCAGCUCCGGUUCGUCCAGCAGCAGCAGCACUGCGGGCUCCGGGGGAAACACUCGCCCUGCGCAGAUCUCUCAGAUGUCUCUGUACGAACGACAGGCGGUCCAGGCUCUGCAGGCUCUACAGCGACAGCCUAAUGCAGCUCAGUACUUCCAGCAGCUGAUGCUUCAUCAGCAGAUUAACAGCGCUCAGCUUCACAACUUCGCCGCUGUGCAACAGGCCACACUCGCAGCCAGUCGACAGUCGAACUCUCCGAACACCAGCGUCCCUGCAGUGAGCACAGCGCAGUGCACCGGGAACCUGAGCAGCAGUUCUGGAGGCGGGACCAUGACAAAUCCCCGCCCAGUUGGCCCUGCAACAUCUGUGACAUCAUCUGCUCUUAGCCAAUCAGUGUUGCUGGGUGGGAACUCGGCCGGUCAGGGGCAGAUGUACCUGAGAGUGAAUCGCUCUCUCAGGGCUCCUCAGCUCAUCUUCAUGCCCGGCGGCACGGCAACUGCUGCCGUGGCAACAGUUGCCCAACAGCAGCCUCAACAACAGCAACAACCCCAACAGCAGCAACAACAGGAAGUCCCGCCCACAUCUUCCAGUAACCAGUCAGAUAGUGACCAGGUGCAGAAUCUUGCCCUGCGCUGUUCUUCUGCCCCCCGAGCGGCGUCCGUUAAAACUGAGUAUCCUGACAGGAAGGAUCCCAGUUCCUUCGCUCUCGGCCCACAGUCUCAGCAGCAGCAGGCGUUUUCUCCGUCAGCGCAGCAGAUCAGUGGAAGUAAACUUCCCACUCCUCCUUCCUCCACCUCUUCUUCUCUUCCCUCUUCCUCCACUUCCUCCUCUCCCUCUCUCCCUCUCUCCCAGCUCCUGCUCUCUCCAUCCCGCCUCGCACCCGCUGCCACGGUGACCCACAUCCUGGUCCCGAGCUCCAACGUCCCCACGUCCUCUCCGGGUUUCCCCAAACCCAGCAUGGCGGCUCAGACACUGGUGGUUCAGCCCCUUCAGCAGCAGCAGAACGGAGGGGAUAAGAUGCCCGGCCCCGUCCCCAUCCAACCCAAAACGGCCCAAAGCGGGCGUCCACCAUCUCAGAUGCCGCCCCGCCACCCUCCGCCCAUCCUCCCAGCCCCGCCCACUCCCCACCCCCCACACGUUCCGGUCCAGUUGCUCGGCCCCAGGCAGGGCGUUCUGGGAAACUCCCAGGCUGUAGCGGCGGCGCAGGCCCGAACCUGCUACUCCCAACAGGACAGCUCCACCCACAACCCCAGCCACAGCUCCGCCUCUACUGCAGUCACCAUGGUGACAGCCAUGGAGACAGGCACCGCUGGAGUGGGCGUAAAACUGACCAAUCAGAACGCAGAUCCCGGUCAGGUCGGCUCCUCUGCUGCGAGUCAAACUACAGACGGAGAUCACGGCAGCAGUGUGGCGCCACCUGCUGGAGAAACUAUGUUUGAGCAAACUGCAACCACACAGGUGAAACCUGCGAUCUCAUUGAAAAGAAAAUCGGAGUCCGAUGUGGCGGGUGAGAUGACAUCAGAAACCGCUGCACAGAACUGUCCGUCUGUCCCAGACUCCGCCCCUCCACUCUCUCCUGCUCCCUCAUUGGACACUGCUCCAGAGAUAGCGUUCUCCACUCCACCCACGCUGUCUGUGUCUCUGCCCCACCCUCGAGCUCCGCUCCCCCAGGCUGUGGUCAAACCGCAGGUUCUCACACACCUCAUCGAAGGCUUCGUGAUUCAGGAAGGAGCCGAGCCGUUUCCUGUGACUGGUCCAAUAAAGGAGCGGGCUGAGGGUGUUCCUGUGCCUCUCUCCAUGCAGCCUGAAAACAGCGCUCCUGCUGUGCUAAAGUGUGAAUUCUGUGAGAGUUUUGCUCCUGCCAGUCAGUUCCGUGGAACCAAACGGUUCUGCUCCAAAACCUGCGCUAAGAGGUACAAUGUGAGCUGCAGUCAUCAUUUCCGCACCAGUAGGGGUCGCAGCAGUGCCUCAGGGUUUGAGGAGAUGACGAGACGCAGGGGUCCUCACAGGAGCAGCUCUGAGAUCGCCUGCGCUAAAAUCACUGGCAGACACCUGCCUGUAAAGUGUCGAUCUGAGUCCAGUCGUUCGGAGGACGUCUCCAGCUGCGAAGGUGAGGAAGAAGAAGAGGAAGAAGACUAUCUCUCUCCAGGCUCCUCCUUCUCUUGCUCUCGCCCCGCCCACUGCGGCCCUCAGCUGGACGAAUCGGCACAAGGCGGCCUUCCGCUGGACGGAGACCAUUUCCUAUCGGCUAGCCCCGCCCACUGGAGCGUGGAGGAAGUCUGUCGCUUCAUUUCCUCUCUGCAAGGCUGUGAGGAUCUGGCGGGUCACUUCCUGUCCCAGGAGAUUGACGGUCAGGCGCUGCUGCUGCUGAAGGAGGAGCAUCUGAUGAGCACCAUGAAUAUUAAACUGGGCCCCGCCCUCAAGAUCUGCGCCUCCAUCAACAGCCUGAGGGACUGAGGGGGGUGGGGCAUGUCAAAGGGGGCGUGGUCAGUUUGAUGGGAUGGGGACGGUAAUAGAAGGACAGUUGUUUUGCUUUUCAUUAUAGAACAUGAUUAAUAGUGAGUAUAACCUUCAGUUACGACCUGACAGAGAGAUCUCCCACACACACACACACACACACACACACACACACACACACACACACAGCAGUAAAGUGAGACUCCCGUGUUUAUUUUUGUACCCCACUGAAGGAGAGCGCUGUCAGUAUUAACGAGUAGCUUGAGGAUGAGGAGGAUGAAGGCAAACAGGAAGUCAUGUGACUCUCCAGUAGCCAAUCAUAGAGCGUAACACAGGAAACUUUAUUUUUUUCUACUGUAGAUUAUUGUAGACUUUUUUUUCAUGUGUACUACCCAACAAUCAUCACUUUUCACAUUUUUUUUCCUCCUAAUUUGUGUUGUUUAGUUUUAGUAUCAUGACCUUUGACCUCCCAGUUCCUGUUAGAGGAAGUGCACCUGAGCUAGUGCCCUAGUUUUCUAGUUUAUUUCUCCACUGAAUGAGUAAAUAAAGCGUUACAGUAAA